AUGUCUCCCGCGAUAUUCGAGUCUCACCGGAGAACGCCCUCUGGCCAAGACCCCGAACGUCGCAAGUCCGGAAGCGGCUUCCUCUUCCUCAACAACCGCUUCAAGAGCAUUCGCUCGCUUGAGUCGCUUCACCCCCUCCCUUGUCUUUUCUGCUGGACCCUUGGUCACCCCGCUUCGACGGGGCCGGAUGCGAUGGCGGGCGCGCCGCGGCUUUGA